CGGGGGCACGCACUCCAGGGUGGUGCUGGUCUCUGGAGAUGGCCGGAUCCUGGCUGAGACAGAGGGACCCUCCACAAACCACUGGGCGGGACCUCCCCAGAGUGGGGCCCAGGGCUGCUGGGGGGUUCUGUAGCCUGUCCCCGCCUUGGCUCUCAGCUCAUUGGCCUUGAGAAGUGCCUGGAGAGGAUCGAGCAGAUGGUCAGCGAGGCCAAAAGCCAAGCUGGGGCUGACCCCAGUGUCCCACUCCACUCACUGGGGCUGUCCCUCAGCGGGGGUGAUCAGAAGGAUUCCAUCAGCAAGCUGACCCAGGAGCUCCACCAGCGCUUCCCCCACCUGAGCCAGAGCUACUACAUUACCACCGACGCUGUCGGGGCCAUGGCCACCGCCACCGACCACGGUGGCAUUGUCCUCAUCUCAGGCACUGGCUCCAACUGCAAGCUCAUUAACCCCGAUGGGUCGGAGACAGGCUGUGGUGGCUGGGGACACAUGAUGGGGGAUGAAGGCUCAGCGUACUGGAUUGCGCACCAGGCCGUGAAGAUGGUCUUUGACUGCAUGGACAACCUGGAGGUGCCACCCCAUGAUGUUGGCUACAUCAAGCAGGCCAUGUUUGACUACUUCCAGGUGUCGGACAGGAUGGGCCUCCUGACUCAUCUCUACCGCACCUUCGAGAAGUCCAAGUUUGCAGGCUUCUGCCAGAAGUUGGCUGAGGGUGCCCAGGCUGGGGACCCACUCUGUUGUCACAUCUUCCACAAGGCUGGUGAGGUCCUGGCUCGCUACGUCGUGGCUGUGCUGCCCAAAAUCGACAAGAGCCUGUUCCUGGGGGAGCUGGGACUGCCCAUCGUCUGCGUGGGCUCUGUCUGGAACAGCUGGGAGAAGAUGCAGGCAGGGUUCAUCCAGGUGCUGGCACAGGCACGGAGGGAGGUUCCUGUCCAGGUCUUCUCCCGCUUCAGCCUCCUGAAGCUGAAACGGUCCUCAGCCCUAGGGGGUGCCCGGCUGGGUGCCAGGAACAUUGGCCAGGCUCUGCCCUUGAACUAUGCUGACAACGUUGAUGUCUUCUACACCCACAUCUUCUAGCCAUGGCCCCACCCUGGGCUGGAGGCACCCUCCACAGAGUGAAGUUUAGGCAAAUGGGGUUUGGAAUUGGGCAAUAAAAAGGUUGCACCACCCGAA